AUGGAUAGAACGGUUGAAUUUAGACAGUGUCUAUUAAUUAACUCCAAUUCCUUUAAAAUUCCAAGUAAACCUAGAAAUUCUAAAGCACCACAGCCAAUUCAGCUAAACGAAGAGUCCAAAUCCUUACUAGACAAUCUCAAUAAUGUUAAUAACGUGAUCAACUCUAUCGACAGCUCUACCAAUCUCGCCGUGUUGGAUGAAGAGAUCAGCUCCAUCUUAAAGCUGUCGAGCAGCCGGCUCAAGCUACUCGACGACAAGAUUGAACAAAGUCUCUCUACCUCGUAUGUAGAUACGCUGCUUGGUCAAUCAAGCAACCCCGUCCACAAACAACACCAAUACGGCAAACUCAUCUCGCUAAACGCUUUCCUUUUUAAACUGUCCCAUAAGUAUCAGAAAAUACAGCAGAGUUCUUCCAAGAAACAUAAAAUUAUACCACAGUACGCUCAGUUAGAGGAUGUUGAUAUACCCACGCCUUCGACCAAUCACUCACACCUUUCCCCUCAACAGACUCUACUUUUAGACAAAGAAUCUGAAGCACUCAGGAACUCCGAUAAACAAGACUUAAUCGCACUCGAAAAAGCUCAACACUCCCUCCUCUCCAUCACCAACUUACAGUCUGAGAUCAUGACUCAUCUCACCCAACAGUCCCAUCUCGUCGAACAACUAUACGACGACUCCUUGACUAGCACAGGAAGCCUCGGUGACGCUUCCAAACAACUCUUCAAAGCCAAAGACAAUCAGUCUUCUUCGAGACUGUUCAUUAUCUUUUUCUUUUUCAUCGCUGGCUUUUCUUUACUGUUCUUAGAGUUCUACGACUGA